AUGUCGAGUGUCACACCUGCAUCCUCAAUGCCAGAACUAGCAGGGCGACAUAUCCGUAGACGAAAAGGCUCGAAACAUGACAGAACUGGGUGUCUGACGUGUCGCUACAGACGCAAGAAAUGUGUCGAAAAUACAUUUCCAUCGUGCGGGGCAUGCAUGCGACUGAAUCUCGAGUGUAUUCGCGAGGCAAAGCACCGCGUAGUACCGUCAAAUGGCUCGAUCAACAAGGCGAAUAAACUAGCACGGGUCAAUUCCCCAUUGGACUCUCAGAUAGACCGGCCGUUAUGCGUACAAAGUCACGAUAUAUCAUCAAAGCGACGAUAUGCAAUGCGAUACUAUGUUACUGUGUUGACUCAGCUCUUGACUGUAAGCCAACAAUAUAAUUCAUUUCUCUCGGCCUUCCUCCCAAUGGCCAUGGAAUCCCCAGCACUGGCCGAUUCAUUAGUUGCCUGGGCAUCUGGCCAUCUAUCUGCUAGUGAUGAUCGCUAUGCCAUCACUGCACUUGAGGCACGAUCUGCAUCCCUUUCUGCGCUAUCCAAGUCCAUCUCCACUGCAUCAGAUAUUACCUACCAUGAAACAAACACCGCAACCUGUCUCAUCCUCUUAACAUCUGAGGUCUGUCUCGGGAACUACGCAGGCUGGUAUAAUCAUCUCACUGGAGCGAAACACAUCAUCCAAUCUGCGUGCAAUGUUGCAGGGAACCAAGUCGUCCACGGCCCAGAUGCUUUCAAACAUAGUGCGGAAGGGCAGUGGGUGUUGCGCAACUUCGCCUAUCACGAUGUCCUCGGCAGUGUCACACUAGGAACAAAACCAUUGAUCCAUGCGGAUUAUCUCGAGGGAAUUACUGAUGUAGUAGACUCUUACAUCGGUGUUGCAUCGCAGCUCUUGGUGUUUAUUUCAGAAAUCAGCAAUAUUGACACUUCAAGUGAAUUACAGAUGCAAGAAUAUUUUGCGAUAAUCGAAACCAACCUGCAAUCAUGGCAUUGUCACGUUGAUUCCUCAGCAGAUCUCGCCGCAGUAGCAUACACAUAUCGCAGUGCAGCUCUCAUCUAUCUCUACAGACAGAUGCGAAAAUACCUCAGACUCAAUAAAGAAACCCUCCCAAAUAACCAAACGAAGCUGAUAGAGCUUGACUCGAAAAUCCAAACCGAAGUCUUCAACACUCUCAUCCACAUAUCCAACGUUUCGCCCAGUGGGAUUCCCGAUUCAGCCCUGCUGUUUCCCCUAUUUGUUGCUGGGGGUGAAGCAAGAGAAGGCUGUCAUAUUGACAUGAUUCAGCUACUGCUGCGAUUGAUGCUCGAGAAACGCCCUUUCCAUAAUAUCAUACGUGCGUUGGGGGUCUUGGAGGUGAUAUGGAAUCGCCGUAUGCAAGCCUCCGAGGAUGAGGUUGACUGGGAGGAUGUAGUUACGAGCCAGGGAGGAGGGCUUUUGCUUACUUGA